GCUGGCGCAGGUGUGCCGACACCCUGCUGAGGCUGUUCUCUCCAGGCAUCUUGGCAGGCACGCUCCUCCGCAGCAACAUCUGGAAGAGGCGGAGGGGAGAGAAACCCAACCCAAAGCCAAAACACCCCCCCACCCUCCAGGUAGAGAAAUAUGACGGCCUUACAGCUAAAAGAGUUGUCACAGUCAGGUCUUUACAGGAGGAGACGGGAUCGCCCUGAUAGCGUGGGACUGCCUGGGUCACAGGAAGGGAAGCUGAGCAACAUGGCGAACGCACUUGCAAAUGCCAUCUGUGAGCGCUGCAGGGGUGGCUUUGCCCCCGACGAGAAAAUUGUCAACAGCAACGGUGAGCUGUACCAUGAGCAGUGCUUUGUCUGUGCCCAGUGCUUUCAGCAGUUUCCUGAAGGGCUCUUCUAUGAGUUUGAAGGGAGGAAGUACUGUGAACAUGACUUUCAAAUGCUUUUUGCCCCAUGCUGCCAUCAAUGUGGUGAGUUCAUUAUUGGUCGUGUUAUUAAAGCUAUGAACAACAGCUGGCAUCCCGAGUGCUUCUGCUGUGAUAUUUGCCAACAAGUAUUGGCCGAUAUUGGAUUUGUCAAGAACGCUGGCAGACAUCUCUGCCGUCCUUGCCAUAACAGGGAAAAAGCCAGAGGCCUGGGAAAGUACAUUUGCCAGAAGUGCCAUGCCAUUAUUGAUGAACAACCUCUUAUAUUCAAAAAUGAUCCUUAUCAUCCUGAUCAUUUCAACUGUGCAAACUGCGGGAAGGAACUUACUGCUGAUGCUCGUGAGUUGAAGGGAGAAUUAUAUUGCUUGCCCUGCCAUGACAAAAUGGGUGUCCCUAUCUGUGGGGCAUGUAGAAGACCAAUUGAAGGCCGUGUGGUGAAUGCUAUGGGCAAACAAUGGCAUGUGGAGCAUUUUGUUUGUGCAAAAUGUGAAAAGCCAUUCCUGGGUCAUCGUCAUUACGAGAGAAAAGGCUUGGCAUAUUGUGAGACCCACUACAAUCAGCUAUUUGGUGAUGUUUGUUUCCAUUGUAACCGUGUGAUUGAAGGAGAUGUUGUGUCUGCUCUGAAUAAAGCAUGGUGUGUGAACUGCUUCGCUUGUUCAACCUGCAACACUAAGUUAACACUCAAGAAUAAAUUUGUUGAGUUUGAUAUGAAGCCUGUCUGCAAGAAAUGUUACGAGAAGUUUCCUCUGGAGCUGAAGAAGAGGCUGAAGAAACUAGCUGAAACUUUGGGAAGGAAGUAAAGACUUCAUCUGCUCUCCACUACCUUUGUGAAAAUCUUACGUAUAUUACUUGGCUGGGGUGGGGGAGGCUGCAAUCAGACAACAAAUGAUGUAUGCCUUCUGUCAAAUUGAAGUAUCUUAAAAUUCUCUAGUCUCUGUAGGUGUAUGCUUAAUUUUUGAUAAAUAGACCAUACUUCCAAACUAAACACCAGCUCCCCUGAAAGAGUUCACUGAUAAUGCAGUUCAGCUGAUGCAGGUGACCCAUUCUGCACUCAUCUCUGUUGAGUUUUACAGAGGGGAAACUUGCUUGUGAAUACCUGUGAAAACAAACUGUGCAAACGUGUUCAGCUAUAGAGGCAUGCAUUGCCAUUUACAUUAAUGAACAUAUUAACUUCAUGUUAAGCAUGUACACAAAAUAUGCCCUAGGCAAGUGACUUGGGCACAAAAACAACGUACUUCCCAAGCAUGAUUUUUUUCCAUGAGGCAUUUUUUGCCAGGUCAUCUCAUUAAGGAGCCUUGUUCCACAUGGUUUAAAAAGUUCCAGAUUUCUAAGUAGAGUCACUGCACAAAUUACUUACUUCUGAUAGAUUAUGCUUACAUGAUGAAUCAUUGUACAUCAGGCUUAGCAUGAAAUACCUACGUAAAACAUGUAUUCCUGCUGCAAGAAAUGAGCAUACUCAGAACUACUUGAAUUUUGCUAUAUUAUACAUUAAGUUUUAUAUAUGCUUUUGCAAUCUAUUUACUUUUUGUGCCUUACUCUGCUGGACCAUACAUAACAGUGUUCCAUUAUACAUACAUACACAUAUAUAUAUAUAU